UACGGACAUGUACAAGGAAGUAGUCCAUCUGCAUGAAUCCGCCGCCAGAGCUGUAGACCAACAGGGUUUCGCAUACAGCCUCAUUCAAGAAAAUUGAAAGGGUUCGCUCGAAGAGUUGACGUUCAAAGAGUUGCUCCAUCGCUCCAUCCAGACCACUGGGAACACGGUGGCGUGGAUCAAAUAAAUCCUCUCCGAAAAUAAAAGUGUUGAGCAUUGAACGCAGAGAGCACUGCUGCUGCGCCCGAAACUAACCCACGGAGAGCAAAAAGAACAAGACGUCAACCACCGUAACGCCAAAGGUUGUGCUCCGAAACUCACCAAAAGCCAACACCAAAGACAACAAAAAACGUAUGACGCUACCACUACGACCGGUGCUAGAUCGGUGCUUUGCUCUGGCCACUCUCUUCCUUUGCCUGCUCCAUUCAGCAAGGGGUUCCCUGCCCUUUCAGUUUGAGAGGAAUGCCACCCUUGUUGGAGGUGGUUGUACAGAUCUUAAAUGGACAGUUGACAGGGAAGCACUCAAGAUAACUCUACAAUGGAAGGGUGAAGUUGGUGCUGAGUGGACAGCCUUUGGAAUAUCAGAAUAUGGAGGAAUGAAAGGUGCUGACAUUGCUGUGGUCAAGUUUACUGGCGGAGACACUGGGGGAGGCUUCCAGGUUGAGGAUAGAUUCUCCACUGUAUAUGGGCUUCCAAAGUUAGACUUUAUUAAAAAUGUCGAGCUCCUUGAGGCCCACCAUGAUGAUGAAGGAAGGAUUCAGGCUACCAUUGAACGGAACUUGUUCACUUGUGAUGAAGAAGAUAUUGACAUUGCGGCCCACCAGCAAUACAUCAUCUGUGCAUCCGGCCAGCUUUCAGAAGAUGGAGGAAUGCUUUACCAUGGUCCAGACCGGGCAACCGGAGUGGUCAAUUUCAUGAUUGAUGAAGAGCUCCUGUUCAAACGCAAUCUUGUGGCACCUCCCGCCAACUCUACAAAGACAUAUUUUGGGAAGGGAAUGGUAGUCCACGGAAAUCUGGAUACUGCUGUGACCCCUCUGCCUUUUGAUAUUCAAAUGACCAACGUUUCGCUGGACGCUAAUAUCAGAACCAGCUACAUGUGCAGGGUUUUCAACGUCUCCGAACACAUGACUUACACAGCAUAUCAGAUGGUGUGGGGAGAAGGCAACACAGGCGACAAUGGCGACACAAAUGAAGUCUUCCACCAUCAACACUUUUACUACUGCCCCAACCCAUCAGCUGUGUCAUCGCACAUGGAUGGAGAGCCAUGGGACUGCAUUAGUAACAUGCCUGCCUGUGAUGUUAUGAUCUCUAAUGCUGUGGGAACACGUUUGAUGGAAGGCCCACCAGGCUUACAUGCAGAUCUCAAUGCGGGGGUCCAUGUCCUAUUAGUUCACUACGAAAACCCUUUUGGCAAGCCGAUUGUGAAUGACACUACUGGCUUUAGACUCUGGAUCCAACCGCCAUCACUUGAUUCGGGAAGCACCCAGCCAGGAACGAUGGCUUCCCACCUUGGCUUGUAUGAAUCAUUGGUAAUCCCUGCAGACCCUCAGCAAAAAGAAAUAACACUGCAGUAUCUUAUCUCAGGGGAAGCUACCAAAGAACAUCUGCCUCAAGGCGGUGUUCAGGCCAUUGGGAGUUUGUUGCAUAUGCACAAACUGGGAGUUCGAGGAAGGGUCAGCUUGAUCAGGAAUGGCACGCACAUCAUGGAUGUCUACAAUCACAAAUCGUAUGAUUUUAAUCGCCAAACCGCAGACUUCACCCGCUGGAGGUACCUUCCUGGUGAUGCCCUUAUAAUUUCAUGCACAUAUCGGCCUCUUGUUGAUAGAGAUGUGGUUGGUGGCAACAGUGUCGAUGAUGAAAUGUGCCAUUUCUAUGUCGGCGUGGCACCAGCAAUUCCAAACUAUGGGAGGCCUAUUGGGGUCUAUGUCAGAGAAGGAGAGCCUUUCAAGAAUACACACAUGGGGACCAACAUCACAGUGGAUCCAAGAAAGCUACCAUACAGUGACUACAAAUAUCCACCCACUCCCAAGAGCAACCAUGACUUUGUCCAACUCUCAGACCACCGCAGGAAUAUCUGCAAGCCAUUGCUAAUGGAGAUGACAGAAUCCAACACAAUCACCUAUGGCGACCCAGCCGUUUAUGCACAGCUUGUCGCCAUUGCAGCUUUUGUGGGGGUCACUCUCCUUUCCAGCAAAAAGUUCUUGAGGUUUCUUGGAAUCCACACUUGUGACUUGAGGGAACGGCGCAAUGCUGUGGUCUACCUUGGCGAGCUAGUGUUCAGCACAGUGGCACUUCCGAUUGUGUGCAUGGAUCUGGCUUCGAUCUAUAAGGAAGAUGCCACCUUCAAUGGUGUGGAUCCCAAUAUGCUUAUUAUCUCGCGAGGCCUCAUAAUGACCCAAGCUGUGCUGUAUUUGAUGGAACUUUUCUAUCGAAUUGACGUCCGAUGGUCACUUGUCCUGCACCAUAUCACGACUUCGUGUACCAUGAUGUAUCUGAUUGUGGUUGCUUUUGUCAAUUUCAGUCUUUUGGCCUUAAAGUUUGGCAUGGCCUUGAUUAUCUUGGCAAUGUCAGAGCAGCCCUUGUACAUUGUACUCUUGCUCCGACUUACUGGAUUCCGCGAGACUCACAGGAGUAUUUGGCCGAGACUUUGUCACAUUGCUUGUUUCUUUUUUGUGGCCAGCAGGGUGGUUGUGGUAAUCCUCGUUGUCAAUCUCUUGGUCCAGCAGUCUGGAUCUUCGGAUAUUGCAUGGGCAUACCAGGAAGUCAGCUUUUCUGAGUGGGCACCUUCCAGUCCCUUCUUUACGGACCCCAGGGCCGUCAAUGCUGUUUUGACUAUCUUGUUGGUGGCCAUUCUGUUUUCCAAUUUCUUUGCUGUUGCUGCCAUGUUACACAUGGCGAAGCCUCCAAUAAGUGUCAACAUCACUGGCAGCCACGACAUCACAGAGGAUGACAUUUUGAAUUCCCAAGACAAGGGGGGCUCUUUGUCAAGCGACCAAAAUGAAUCCGAAUCCUUGAGUAAGAUUCAUGGAGCCUGAUUGGUUGGCCAUUCCGUUGCAUCUCUAUCUGUAGUAUGAAAAUAACCAAGUUAGUUUUAGGUUGAUGCUUAUAGG